AUGUGGCAGAAGGAUGAGGAUGGUGGCAAUGAUGAUUAUGAUGAUGUGGAUGGUGAUGAUAAUAAUGGUGAUAGUGAUAAUGAUGGUGAUAAGGGUGAUGAUGAUGAUGUUGAUCCUGGUGGAGAUGACAAUGAUGAUGGUGCCAUUGAUGGUGAUGAUGUUGAUGGUUACAAUGAUGAUGGUGAUAAUGAUGGAAAUUAUAAAUUUUGGCAAUGCUCGGAAUCGAAGAAUCUGGCUGGUGAGGGACAACUACAUAUGAGCUCAAGAGAGAGGGACAUUACAACUGGGGACCACAACCUGGGACUGGUAGGCCACAAGGUUAAAUGUUACUCAAGCAUCUUGCCACACCUUAACUAUGCCCAAGAACAUGCCAUCACCCCACAGGCAGCCAUUGACAAUGUUUGGAAAUCUGUGAACAAGUACACCUCAUCUGUCACUCAUAAAUUUAACACUCAAGAACAUUGGUUCUAUCAUAGGGAUGGAAUCCACUUGUUAGACGAAGGAAGUGACAUUCUGUUUGGUGAUUUUAAGAGGACAAGAAAAGUUGCCCUUAAUGGGCAAGACUUUAGUAAUGUGGCAAGAGAGCUCAGACAGCCCCAAGAUUAG